AUGGUCUCGAGCUCGGCAGCCGUUGUGGCCGCGGCCGUCAUUGCCGGCGCCGCCGCCCAGAAUGUCACCGCCAAUGGCACGGCGCCCCUGUACAAGAAUCCCUCGGCGCCCGUCGAGGACCGCGUCCAGGAUCUGCUGUCGCGCAUGACGGUCCAGGAAAAGGUGGCGCAGCUGAUCCAGGGCGACAUUACCAACUUCAUCAACCAGACCACCGGCGAGUUCAACGCCAGCGGUCUGGUGUGGAACAUGGAGUGGCGGGCAGGCCAGAUCUGGACAGGCUACCCGAUUCCUCAACAAACGAUUGCGGAGGCCGGCAAGAUUGCGCAGGACUACCUCCUGCACAACACUACCCUGGGCAUUCCGGCGCUUUUGCAAAACGAGGGCAUCCAUGGAGGGGGGGGGUUGCCCGCCACAGUCUCUUACUUCAACUCAACCAUCUUCAACAGCCCCAUCGCGCACGCAUGCUCCUUCAACCCGGAUCUCGUCCGUGACAUGGCCGACGUGAUCGCGCAGGAGGCGCUGGCGCUGGGCAUCAACCAGAUCUUCGCGCCGGUGGUGGACCUGGCGCGCGAGCUGCGCUUCGGGCGGGUCGAGGAGACGUACGGCGAGGACCCGUACCUGGCGGGCGAGAUGGGCUACGCGUACGUGCGCGGGCUCGAGGCGCGCAACGUCAGCGCCAUGGUCAAGCACUUUGCCGGCUUCAGCAACCCGGAGCAGGGCCUCAACACCGGGCCGGUGCACGGCGGCGAGCGUGAGCUGCGCACCACCUGGCUGCCGCCCUUCCACCGCGCCAUCAUCGAUGCCGGCGCCACGAGUGUCAUGUCGGCCUACCAUUCUUGGGACGGCGUCCCGGCCGUCGCCGACUACCACACCCUCACCGAGAUCCUCCGCGAAGAAUGGGGAUACGAGUACUAUGUGAGCUCCGACGCCGGCGGGACCGACCGGCUGUGCAAGAACUUCAAGAUGUGCAAAGCGGAUCCCAUGGACAAGGAAGCCGUCACCAUGUACGCGCUGCCGGCGGGCAACGACGUCGAGAUGGGCGGCGGCUCGUACAACUUCGAGACCAUCAUCGACCUGGUCGCGUCGGGCAGGCUGGACAUGGACACGGUCGACACGGCCGUGGCGCGCACGCUGCGGACCAAGUUCGUGCUGGGCAUCUUCGAGAACCCGUACCGCGCCGUCGCGGCCAACGAGACGGCGCUGCACAUCCACACGGCGCAGUCGGUGGCGCUCGCGCGCAAGCUCGACGCCGAGUCGAUCGUGCUGCUGGAGAACAAGGAGAGCGUGCUGCCGCUCGACCCGGCGGCCAACAUCGCCGUCAUCGGGCCCAUGGCCGACUUCAUGAACUACGGCGACUACGUCGUGCAGGACUCGCAGUACCGCGGCGUCACGCCCCUGGCCGGCAUCAAGGCGGCGUCGAGCGGCGGCACCGUGACGUACGCGCUCGGCGCGGAGCGCUGGUCCAACGACGAGUCGGGCUUCGCCGAGGCCGUGGCCGCGGCCGAGGCGGCCGACGUGGCCGUCGUGGUGGUGGGCACGUGGUCGCGCGACCAGACGGAGCUGUGGCAGGGGCUCAACGCCACGACGGGCGAGCACGUCGACGUGCACUCGCUGCGGCUGGUGGGCGCGCAAAACGCGCUCGUGCGGGCCGUCGUCGCCACGGGGCGCCCCACGGUCGUCGUCUUCCAGAGCGGCAAGCCGGUGACGGAGCCGUGGAUCUCGGGCGCGGCGGCGGCCGUGGUGCAGCAGUUCUACCCGUCGGAGCAGGGCGGCGCGGCGCUGGCCGACGUGCUGUUCGGCGCGCACAACCCCAGCGGCAAGCUCGCCGUCGGCAUCCCGCACGACGUGGGCACCACGCCCGUCUUCUACGACUACCUCAACUCGGGCCGCAGCGUCGACGCCGGCGCCGCCUACGACAACGGCACCCUGCUCUUCGGCCACCAGUACGUCCUCAGCACCCCGCAGCCGCUGUACCCCUUCGGCCACGGCAAGAGCUACGCCGACUUUGCCUACUCCAACGUCUCGCUGUCGCGCCCCACGGCCGGCCCCGCCGACGUCGUCACCGCCUCCGUCCGCCUCACCAACAACUCGACCCGCGACGGCCAGGAGGUCGUCCAGCUGUACGUCAGCGACCUGAUUGCCAGCGUCGCCGUGCCCAACAUGCAGCUGAGGGGCUUCAAGAAGGUGCUCGUCAAGGCCGGCGAGUCCGUUGACGUGGCCAUUGACGUCGACGUGAGCAAGCUCGGCGUGUGGGACAUUCGCAUGAAGUACGUCGUCGAGCCCGGCGAGUUUGCCAUCUACGUGGGCAGCUCGAGCGCGGAUCUGAGGGGGAAUGCUACCUUGACGGUAGUCUGA